AUGACGCUCAAGAUCAUUGGGAAUUCGGCGAUCGUCAUGAACACGGUCGCGAGAGGCCCCGAAGAAUCUGAGACCCGUCCUGAGCUGGUAGAGCAGACCCAACCUGACUUGAGUCCAGAAGUUAAGACCCUGGACCCAGAGAGUAUGGCGGAUUGUAACAUCGACAAAGCUAAUGUCGGAGUCCCGGGGGUCACAGCUCCAGAGAUGGAAGCCAAGAUGAGAGGGAUCAUGAGACGCCAUCGCAGCAUCUUCCUGGGAGAUGGCAACGCAGCUCCAGCCCCGGCUAGGGGUGUAGUGUGUGAUAUCGACGUUGGAGAAGCAAAACCAGUGGCUUUACGUGCGAGGCAGAUUACCGCACCUUUCUUGGUGAAGGUGUUUGAACUCCUGAAGAAGUUGCUGGAGGCAGAGCUCAUUGAGCAUUCAGAGUCCGAGUGGUCAUCACCUAUUGUGAUUGUGCUGAAGAAAAACGGCAUAGACAUCCGGAUGUGUAUUGACUACCGGCUUCUGAAUUUGCUCAUUAAGCUAUCCCAUUAUCCUCUACCUCUGAUCGACGACCUACUGGUAGACUUCAAAUCCGCGAUGUGGUUGAUGAGUCUCGACAUGGCGAGUGGAUUCUGGGUGGUGCGAAUGACGAGCAAAGUUGAUCUCUGCGUUCGUCUGCCCGUUCGGCCACUUUCAAUGGCUCAGAAUGCCUUUUGGAUUGAAGAAUGUACCAGCAUCAUCAACAACUGUCUGUGGGGAUUCGUCCGUCUAUCUCCUCAAGAGGAAGCAAUGGUUGACCCAGAAGUUCUACAGUUCCUGGAUCUCGAGCCUCAAGAAGCCCUGAAACCUGAAGUGGAUAUGAAGGAUUCAGAAAUUCCUUCAUUGGACAUGACUGUAUUCCGACGCAAUAUCCCGGCUCCAUCACAAAUGGGUCCGGUCCUAUGA